CUGGCUCUUGUAUUAAGAAACACCCAAACAGCAUCGACUCCAGAGGCUUCCUCUAAUAUUCCACUAGACGCUGGUUCAUACCCUCUUACCCAUUGCACAGGAGGGGGGCUUUGUUCAAUGUUUACAAGAUUCACACUGGGUUUUAUUUUGGAGUAACUGUUCAGUGAGAUGCUCAAUCAAAUCUAUCUCUUCGAGCAUGGUUGCAGCUACCCAUCUUGAUAUAUCCAUUUAUGGCCUGAUGUUGAAGUUAGUUUGGAUGUGGGCAUUGCUGAUCAAGCAAACAUUUUGAGAGUCAACUACAUUGUAAUGGGUCUGGAGUCCUACGUAGGUUAGACCAGUGUUCGUCAGAAGACAACCCUCGUUGGAAAUGAGGAGAAUCACAAAGACUGAACCACUUGGUUCAGAGACGGAUGGUGUCACUGUCAAAUCGUUUUGGACUGAUUAACUGGACUGGCACUCCAGAUAGGCUAAAUGUGGUUAAGAAUGAUGCGGAGAGGAAUGCCAGCAUGGAUUUGGCGACUUGCUAUGGUAUUGGUUCUACUGUGUUGCAUUGUUUCCUUGUUAUACAUGUUGGCAUGUACUCCAAAGGUGGAAGAUGGCCAGCCCAUACUGCCUCGGGUAAGUGGCACAACUGGUAAGGAUAACUUCCAAGUGCUGCUUGAGGAACGUGAGGAACAACACCAUAAUUACAUCACCAGUCUAAAGAGACAAAUUGCACAACUGAAGGAGGAACUGCAGGAACGCAGCGAGCAACUGAAGGCUGCACAGGAUCGUUAUGGUGACUCGCUGGGAGCUAAUAUUGACCGGACUAGCCCAGAGAAAACCCAGGCGAGUCUGCUCAAAUAUCUUCACUCUCAGGUCGACAAAGCAGAGGUCUACUCUGCAGUCAGACUGCCCACGGAAUAUUCGGUGAUACCGUUCGAGAGCUUCACUUUACAGAAAGUGUACCAGCUGGAAAUGGGCCUGACGCGACACCCCGAGGAGAAACCAGUCCGAAAGGAUAAACGGGAUGAGCUGGUGGAAGCUAUUGAGGUUGCACUAGAAUUUCUGAACACCCCUGGAGAUGAAGGAGCAACAAAUCAGCGUAUGCAUGCAGCUGCUGACUUUGUUGAAGGUAUUUAUCGCACUGAGAAAGAUAAAGGCACUUUGUAUGAGCUGACUUUCAAAGGAGACCAAGCCCAUGAGUUCAAACGCCUAGUUUUAUUUCGUCCCUUUGGCCCCAUCAUGAAAGUGAAGAAAGCAAAAGUGGAUACAUCCAACAUGCUGAUUAAUAUCAUAGUGCCUCUGGCGAAAAGAGCUGAUAAAUUUCGACAAUUCAUGCACAAUUUCAGGGAGGUGUGUAUACGUCUGGAUGGCAGAGUCCACCUCACUGUGGUCUACUUUGGGACAGAACAAAUGACUGAAGUAAAAUCCAUACUUGAAUACAUAUCCAGGGAAGCAAAUUACAGGAACUACACCUUCAUUCUGUUGAAGGAGGAUUUCUCACGUGGGAAAGGAUUGGAUGUUGGUGCCCGGGCUUGGAAGGGGAGCAAUGUCCUGCUGUUUUUUUGCGACGUCGAUAUAUACUUUACUGCGGAGUUCCUGAACACGUGCAGAUUGAAUGCCCAGCCAGGAAAGAAGGUUUUUUACCCAGUCCUCUUCAGCCAGUAUAACCCUACCAUUAUUUAUGGUCAUCAUGACUCCAUUCCACCCAUUGAACAACAACUGGUGAUCAAGAAAGAUUCAGGCUUCUGGAGGGACUUUGGUUUCGGAAUGACUUGUCAAUAUAGAUCAGACUUCAUCAAUAUAGGUGGUUUUGACUUGGACAUAAAAGGUUGGGGUGGUGAGGAUGUUCACCUCUACCGCAAAUAUCUGCACAGCGACCUGGUAGUGAUUCGAACACCGGUCCGCGGACUCUUCCACCUUUGGCACGAGAAGCGGUGUGUGGAUGAGCUGACCCCUGAGCAGUACCGCAUGUGCAUGCAGUCUAAAGCCAUGAAUGAGGCCUCCCAUGCCCAGCUGGGAAUGCUGGUCUUCAGGCACGAGAUCGAAGCUCAUCUCCGUAAACAGCGACACAAGACCAGUGUGAAGAAGACAUAAGAGCAGGCCAGGCUGCAUUUCCUUGAUCACCAGGGACCUGACACUGAUGGCCUGGCGGCCUGUUACGGAAACAAAUUGUUUUCAAGUUGUGUCCUACAAUGUGAAAUGCCUCUGCUACAUUACAGUUAAUGUUGUUCUCCUUCGACCCAAGUGAAAGUCAAGCACAUGCCACCAGUUAGAUUUAUAGUUUGGAACGUCCAUAGCAUCAGAAUCAGUCAGAGGUUAAUUAAGAUAAAUUCCAUUGCUCAGUGAGAGAGAUGAAAUUGAAUGCUGGCCCCUUGGGUCACUGACACUGCAGUGUGCACAUGUGUAUAGUAUUUAAAUAUUCUCAUUAAAAGGGUGGCAUCUUUUUGUCAAAGAUUGCUCUGAAGAAAUGAUCAAUAGUUCAUGGCUGGAAGCGGUCACUUAGGCUAGUCAUAAAUCUUAUGGUAAAUAUGGACAAAGAAGCCUAUUUGGCCUGUUCUAGUAUAUUCUUCCAACACUGUCCUAAUUAUUAACCUCCAACCACCCUACUCUAUUCACUCCAUCAGUUGAUCAUUCUUAAAUUGACCUUUUUUUACCUGCAAUCCCAUGGCCAUUUCAUAAUCUAAUGUACCAUUUUCUAUUCGGUUUGCUUUUUUGUAACUCUAAGAUUGCCUGCAGUGAGCUCCGUUCAAGGCUGAAGAGUACAAGUAUUGGAAAGAUUGCUUUCAAACUCUGUCCUCUGACAAUGGGGAAAUCAACCUCAAGGCCGUGGUCUGCAUUGCCUCCAGCAAGUGCAUGUCUCCCAUUGACUCCGCAAAACUGAACCAGACAGAAUAGUCAAGGUGCAGUCUGACCAGUGCACUGUCAAACAGCUUACUGUUAUAAAGCACCUUAUCAUAUCUCUGAACGGCCCAAAGUUUUUUUUAAAAUGGAUGACAAUUUACUGUGAACUAACUUGUUAAGGAGGAAACACGACAGCUAUUUUUCUGACGUACAAACCUUUACAGCCAGUGAUGGGACAAAAGAAGAAAUAAUGUCUUUUCAAAAGGCGGAAUUUUGGUUUAGGCACUGGACGAUAUCUUUAUUCCUUCCUUCGAAGAUUUAUUGAAGGACUUGCUCUGACACAUGCUUUGUUAGCAGAGUUGUUUGCGGCUAUACAGUGGAUUGCUCCCUUUAAAUGUUCAUGAAGAUUCCUCAUGACUUGGUGUGUCUAUUUUGAUGCACCGCUAAUGAAGUAUUUGUAUUGCAUCUUCUUCACUCCCAUGUACAACAUUCCAUACGAAGGUUCAGUUGCUGCAAGCUGGAUAUU